ACCUAGAUUGAGAUUAAAACCGCGGACCGCCCUUCAGUGUGGCUGCACGACAUCAGCUGGUGAUAUAACCUGACUUUGACUGCCAAUUGGAAACACCAAAAAUGUUACGCAGGCUGAUUCCAAGUGUGCGUUUAACGCUGCAAGUGCCGAAAGCAACAACAACGGCAGUGAGGAGCAACAGCGGCAAUGUUUAUGAGCCGGAUUAUCUGGAGUCCCUCAAACCGAAAUUCCCGCAGUACGAUAGCCUGAAUGUCCAAAUCAAGGGCUACGACUAUCCGCAGUUGGAAAGCUACCAGAGGUUCCUGCAUGGAGUGGCCGAGUACCUGGACCUGGACGUCUCCGAAUGCUAUGCCCUGCCGCCUCAGCAGACGCAGGUGCAGCGGCUGAGACCCAACUCCACGGUCAUCGAGUCCGAGUACAAGCUGACCACCUACGAGCGCAACCUGCAGCUAAACAACGUGGAUGCACCGGUUUAUCCGCAGUUCCUGCGCCUCGCCCAGGCAGCCCUGCCCGAAGGAGUCAGCCUGAGGGUCCAGGAGCACACCGACGACUGCGAGGAGCGACGCUAUGUGCCGGAUAAGGAGCUGCUCGACCUCAAGGACGAACUAGAACGCAUGGGCGGGCCCACCACCUCCAGGAAGAAGUAGGUGGCGUCAUUCCGAUUUGGCAAACAUUUAUUUUAAUAAGUAACCUGUGUAAAGUGUAGAGAGAACCUAUGAAUAAAAACUUUCCUAUUUAAA